AGCGAUAGCCGAAUCCGAUAGGCAAGUCUCUUCACUAGAUCUUGUAAAAACAAUUGGAGAUGAAACGCAUGUAACAAACAUGGACGAAUUUGUAAAAAGCCUCAUCGAGGAGGUAAAAUCGCAGGGCGUGUUCGAUGAGUUCCGGUUCAACUGCUGCCUGGCCGACGUGGACACAAAGCCCGCUUACCAGAAUGUGCGGAACAGGGUGGAGACGGCGGUCAGCGACUUCCUGUCGAAGCAGCACUGGACGCCAGACACUAAUAAGCUCCAAUUGCGGGAGAAGCUACGCAAGCAUCUUAUAGACUCUGACGUCCUCAACAAGGGAGUGGAUCAAAUCGUGGACCAGGUGGUCAACCCCAAGGUUGCCACCAUAUUCGAGCCAAAGAUCGAGAGCAUUGUCUACAAGUACCUGGGAAUCACACCUCCUCCUCCGCCGCCAGCAAGACCCACAUUGCUCCCUGCGCCACCGUUGCCGCCAUUUGCUGGCCACAUGAACGGCAGCAGUAUGCUAAAAGUGGAAACGGCUGCUGGACUCAUGCCCACUGACCUGGAACAGAUCAGUCCGGAUUCCGAUCGCGCCACUGUUAAGUCCGAUGUAAAGGAAGAAAGUAAGGAGGAGGAUGACUUGCCGCCAGGCGUGGAUGACAGAAACUUCGAUGACGAUACUUCUCCAUCGUAUGAGCCAGUGAGCGAGGACAAGGCGGACUCCAGAAAAGAGGAGUUAAAUAACGGGUCCAUAAACAAUUCAGACUCUGUUAACGGCGUCUCCCAGGCGUCGCAGCUUUCCCAGGUGUCUAGCGAUAGCCGCCUAACCAUGGCCUCAUCAACCGAGUCUGCGAAUGAUGUCCAGCAAGCAGCAGUCUCAAAAGGUAACAACAUUGACACGACGCCAGCCAACAUUUCAGAGGAGGCCCAGAUGCCAAAGUUCAGCGAGAACUCCAGUGAUGCUACUAAUGAAAGUCGCCAUCUGCACUUUGAUAUUAAGAAGGAUGCCAUAACCUUUGAGGGUACUGAUCGCAAGAACUCUGUAUCAGAGGACAUAAAAGGGGGACCCCCCAUUCUUUCCAUCGAGGAUGCCAUUAUGUCGGAAGUAAAGGCGAACAUUGUGGACGCCAACAACGCUAGCAUUGAGCUCAUAGAAACGGUUCAACCGCCUCUACCACCACCAACAGUGCCCAUAAAUGAACCACCUCCUCCGCCGCCACCAAAAGAUGAUCCCCCACCUCCGCCUCCAAUUGUAGAGCCACCACCAGCUCCACCAAAAGAUGAAUCGUCAUUGCCACCAAGACUUGAGAUGCCUCCGGCGCCAGCAGAGAUACCAGCACCGCCACCCCCAUCAGUACCCCCUCCAACGCCACCACCUCCAACACAACCACCACCUCCGCCUGAGGGCUACAAUGGCUCGGCCUCAGAGGAAGCUGUUCCGGAUUCAGGGUCUAAGGAGACUGAAAAUUCCGCCUCACAGGAAAAGAAGAAGGAAUCUCUUUCUGGAGCAACAGAAGAAAAGGAGAGGGAGAAAGCUUUAGGAGUUGCUCCUCCGGAAGAAAUUUCUAAAAGGUGUGAGACGAUGGUGUCGCCUGCCAAUGCGAAGAGCGACGCUAAAGAUAGGGACAAAGACCGUCGCCAUCACUCUGAUGACAAACACCGCCGGAAAAGUAAGGAUAGGGACCGUGACCGCGACCGCGAUCGCGAUCGUAGCCGAGACCAGUCGCGCAGUAAGCAUUCCUCCAGCUCGAAACACUCCUCGUCACACUCCUCUAGCUCUAAACACAAGAGCAGCAGCAGCUCGAAAACCGAAAAGAGUUCCUCCAGUCGGAGCCAUCAGGAAUCAUCAUCCUCAAAGCGUUCCAUAUCCACCUCCUCAUCCCGCCACGAAUCUAGUUCCUCCUCCCACAAAAAACACAAAUCUAGCUCAUCCUCGUCGCGGACUGAUAGGGAAAAAGAUAGAGAUAAGGAUAGGGAUAAAGAUAAAGAUAAGGAUAAGGAUAAGGUUAGGGAUAAGGAUAGGGAUAAGGACAAGGAUAAGGAUAAGGAUAGAAGUAGUCAUAGUCGCAGUCACCACAGCAGCAGCAGCUCUUCGUCCAAAAGAAAGGACCAUGAGCGAAGUCGAAAUCGUGACCGCCACAAGUCCAGCUCAUCCAGCAGCGCUACAAACACUGCUAUCCAAGAUGAUCACAACGAGAGCAAAGCCAAACUCCUCAAACGCCGAGGCUCUGAUUCCAACGAUGAGGGCAAGCCACCUAGCUCAGGAGGCCCAGCAAAGACUUCAACUCCAGAUGCAACAUCUGCCCCGGAGAAAGCUGACGCCACUGUGGAGAACGGCAAUGGUACAAAUGGGAACUCUCAUGGGGACAGCAACGGUGCAUGCGACAAAGCCGCGUCCGGUGGUGUUGUUUUGGUCAGUGACAUCUUGACGCAAUCGUCCACCAGUUUUAUAGAACUGGGCGGUGGGUCACAGUCGGGAAAAGAUCUACCGACAAGUAAACCAGGAGCGACUGAUGCUGAAGAACCAAAAGAUGAAGCGGGGACAGGAUUCACAAAGGAAUCGUCUGAACCGAAAGUAUUGGAAGCAGAUCGUACAGAAAUACCUGAAAGCGCAGUAUCAGAAUCCCAAUCUACUAGUGAUAGCAGCAAAAAGCAUACAGGAUUGGAGAUGGGUGAUGGAGAAAACACAAAGAGUGCAGAGGAAGGCAAAGAUGAUCCUCCAGCGAUCGUAGAGAAUCCAGAAUCCACUGAUACCACCAGCCAACAGACAGAUGAACCACCCGCCCCACAAGUUCCAAGCUCGAAGGAUCCAGAUGAUGUGGUUUCCGGUGACUGGGUGACCCAUUUUGAAGAAAACCCGGAGGAGUUUAAGGAUCGUCUGCAGUUAAUCAACAAACUAAUAGAGGACCGUAAAAUCUUGGUGAACAGGCUGAGCUCGGAAGGAUCGCCAGGGGAUGUGGUGGAUGUGAGAGCACUUCGCAGGAGCAUAUCCAAACGUAGACGGAGCAGUGCGCCGGAGCAGCCCCAUCCAGAAGACCUGAGGGAAACAGCACCAGCCCGACCGUGUAGUCCCGGCAGCAGCACAUCCGGCAGUCCGGCCAAGAAGCUGCGGCGCGACGAGGCAAAGUCAUCACCGACGCCAUCCGAGGCAAGCAUUAAUUCCAAGGAGAACGAGGCUCUCGAGAAGCAGGAAAAUGUCACCAUGUCCCGCAGACGACUCAGCCAGAAGCUGUGCCAGCAGCAGCGGUACUCCAACGAUGAUCUUUACAAGCCCCGUCCAAUCCUGUCGCAGCGCUCCCGUCGCCGGGGCGUGGAUUCAAUCCUCUAGCUUUCGAAUCAAAACUCUGUUAUCGAAAAAAAAACAAUAAAAGCCAAUUGUUGUUAAUGCAUUUGACAUAAA